UAGAAACGUAUUUAUGACGCACUUCCUUUCACGUGGUACAGAAUAUCUAAUGACGCACUUCCUUUCACGUGGUACAGAGUAUCUAACCAUCAUACGGGCGGGUUUUAACCGACAGAUACAAAUACAAUUCAAGGAUAUCUGUCGGAAGGUAGGUCAUUCGGAGCGAUGUGAUACUUCUUCCAUUUAUUUGUAAAGUUUAUAUACAUACAAAAUGUCUUCUAUACGACCAAAUAGUAAUAUAGUAACUAAACCUUUUCCUAUAAGAGGUGAUAGAACAAAUUUUGUAAAUUGUCCUCAUGUUAUUGCUAUGGUUGGCUUACCUGCAAGAGGUAAAACAUACAUUGCCAAAAAAUUAACACGGUAUUUGAAUUGGAUUGGAAUCAAGACAAAAGUAUUUAAUGUGGGAGAAUAUAGGAGACAAGCUACUGAAGCUUAUAAAAAUCAUGAUUUCUUUCGUCCUGAUAAUAAAGAAGCUAUGGCAAUUCGAAAUAAAUGUGCAAUAGAUGCAUUAAAUGAUAUGUGCAAAUGGUUAGACGAAGGUGGAGAAGUUGCUGUAUAUGAUGCUACAAACACUACUUAUGAAAGGCGGGUACUUAUUCAUAACAUAGUUUGCAACUGUUUUGGAUUGAAGCUAUUUUUUGUGGAAUCAAUUUGUGAUGAUCCAGAAAUCAUUGAAGCAAAUAUUAUAGAAGUUAAAGUUCAUAGUCCUGAUUAUCAAAAUUGUAAUAAGGAUGAAGCAUUGCAAGAUUUUGUUAAACGUAUUGAGCAUUAUCAAAUGUCAUAUCAAACAUUAAAUGAAGAAAAAGAAAAUUAUUCCUUUAUGAAAAUUUAUAAUGCUGGAGAAAAAGUUAUUGUUCAUAGACAUGAAGGGCAUAUACAGAGCAGAGUUGUAUAUUAUCUUAUGAACAUUCAUAUUACACCACGUUCUAUAUAUUUAACACGGCAUGGGGAAAGUUUACUCAAUGUUCAAGGAAGAAUUGGUGGAGACUCAGACCUUUCUGAUCGAGGUUGGGAGUAUUCAAGAAUUCUUGCAAAGUUCAUUGAGGAACAAAAAAUUCCAAAUUUACAUGUCUGGACUAGUCAAAUGAAACGUACUUUACAAACAGCUAAAGGAAUAAUUGCUCCACAUGAAUGCUGGAAGGCUUUAAAUGAAAUAGAUGCUGGUAUAUGUGAGGAAAUGACUUAUGAAGAAAUAUUUGAAAAAUAUCCUGAAGAUUUUGCUGCUAGAGAUCAAAAUAAAUUUCAUUAUAGAUAUCCUAGAGGAGAAUCAUAUGAAGAUCUUGUUGCAAGACUUGAACCAGUUAUCAUGGAAUUAGAGCGUCAGCAUAAUGUUCUAAUAGUUGGUCAUCAAGCUGUUUUAAGAUGUUUACUAGCUUAUUAUUUGGAUAAAAAAUCAGAUGAAUUGCCAUAUUUGAAAGUUCCAUUGCACACUGUGAUUAAAUUAACUCCGGUUGCCUAUGGUUGUGAAAAAGAAGAAUUUAAGCUUCCAGUAGAUGCAGUUGAUACACACAGAGAUAGACCAGAGAAUUGUGAAAUAGAAAGAUCCAGAGAAGAUGCACUGAUCACAGUACCUCUUCACUUCUGAUGCAUAAUAAAUGUCUUUAGUUACUCAACAAAUACCAUAAAUUCUGAAAAUAAUAAUCAAUCAAAUAUUACCACAAAAUUUUUAUGAUAGUCAGUAUAUAUAUAUUGAGUAUAUAUAUUUAUUUAUAUAUCCAUUUUUAGAUAUUUAACUUUCAACAUAUACUGUAUAUCAAAUAAAGGUUUAUCUGAUGUUCAGUAUAUUAAGGAACACAAAAUAUUCAUUAUGAAGGGUUUGGUUCUAAUUGAUAUGAGAAAUCAGUAAAUGUUUCAAAUAUCUUAAACUUAAAAAUAUUAUAAAAAAUCAUUAAAUGUAAUAAGCAGUAUUUUGGAAUUAAAAAUUCUUUAUAUUAUUUUUCAAAUUUUGAAAUAAUUGAUAUAAGAUGCAAUUUCUUAACAAAAUGUUUGAGUCUUGCAUUUAAUAGAAUGUUAUGUGAUAGAGUAAAAUAUCAAAUAUAAUUAGAAGUUCAAUGCAAUUUAUCAAUAGUGCCAAAUUAUUCGCACAAAGAAAUGUUUUACUCAAACUCAGUUUAUAAAUGGUUAUCAGUAAGAAAUAAAAUUCUUUUUUAUGUAUUAAUAUAUCUAAUACUAAAAACUCAUUUUGUAAUUUGUUUAAUGCAAAAAAAAAAUAAUAAUGGAGACUGUAAAAUAUAGUAAAUAUAAUUUUUUGGUAUUUUGAAUAUGUUUACAUGAAAAAACUUUUGUUUUCUUUUGAUACUUUUACUCAGUUUUAUUACUGUCUGUGCUCAUAUUAAGCCAAAAUAUUGCAAUAAUUUAAUUUCACAAAUCCUAUAAAUAUGGACAAAUUUAAUAAAUUCUGAAUUAUUAUUUAUGUGCAACAACAAAUAAGCUUAAUAAUUUCAUAAAAACUAUGCAAU